CUUUCUUUUAUGCCGCUGCUUCUCUCUUCAUUCGCCGGCCGUUCUUUUCAAUCAGGCAUUUUCCGACGAAGGACAGAUACUUCCCGUGAUGAGUUGGUUUUGGAAUUUGUCGAAGUUCAAGGAAGUCAGAAAUGGCGACGCCUCCAAUUUUAUCCUUGGUUCUUCCUUCGGAGACUGGUAGAGUUCUCAGCAUUCAAUCUCACACAGUUCAGGGAUAUGUUGGAAAUAAGUCAGCAGUCUUUCCUCUCCAACUAUUAGGCUAUGAUGUGGAUCCAAUCAAUUCAGUACAAUUUUCAAAUCAUACAGGAUACCCAACAUUUAAGGGUCAAGUUUUGAAUGGACAACAAUUAUGGGAUUUAAUAGAAGGCCUUGAAGCAAAUGAUUUAUUAUACUACACUCAUUUAUUAACAGGUUAUAUUGGUUCUGUUUCUUUUUUGAACACAAUAUUGGAGGUUGUAGAUAAGCUUCGCUCUGUAAAUCCAAAUCUUACUUACGUUUGUGAUCCAGUAAUGGGUGAUGAAGGAAAGCUCUAUGUCCCUGAAGAUCUCGUAUCAGUAUAUUGCAAAAAGGUUGUCCCAGUGGCUUCAAUGUUGACUCCUAACCAGUUUGAAGCAGAACUCUUGACUAAAUUGAGGAUUGGUUCUGAAACAGAUGGUCGGGAAGCUUGUAACAUUCUUCAUGCUGCUGGGCCUUCAAAGGUUGUUAUUACUAGCAUCAAUAUUGAAGGCAAUCUUCUUCUCAUUGGCAGUCAUCAGAAAGAUAAGGAACAUGCACCUGAGCAAUUCAAGAUUCUGAUACCGAGAAUUCCUGCAUAUUUUACAGGAACAGGAGAUCUAAUGACUGCACUUCUACUUGGGUGGAGUAAUAAAUAUCCUGACAAUCUUGACAAGGCAGCAGAGAUUGCAGUAUCAAGUUUGCAGGCACUUCUGCAGAGGACGGUGAAUGACUAUACAAGUGCUGCAUUUGAUCCUCAAUCGAGCAGUUUGGAGAUACGCCUGAUUCAAAGCCAGGAUGACAUCCGCAACCCAAAACUGACAUUCAAAGCUCACAAAUACAGCUGAAUGCCAUACUUGAGAGUGAUAUGUAUUGAAUUAUAAUAAUCGUCCUGGCGUUUUCCCAUAAAGUUGGAUUGCUAUUCAAAAUUGAUAGCAUUGUGCCAGAAUAAAGAAAGAGAAAUACAAAAUGGAUUGAUGAAGACUCUUGGAACUGCAAGUACGGUAGAAUGUAGUGCCUUCAAACGUUAUGGAUAAAAAUAUUCUUAAGAAGCUGAACUCAUGAAUCUUAACUAAUAUUUUUGGACUCACCCAUUUUGAUGUGAGUCAUUUUUCCUUUUAAGUGUGUCGUGAACUCUUGUUUCUAUGACUAGGCCCUGCAUUACUUCGUCUCAUUCCAGUUUUAUCCCGUGAUAUAUGUCCAAAUAACUGAAAAAGUUCAUCAAAGGCCCUAUC